GUCGCAUUUUCGGCUCAACUCUGAAAAGGCUGUCAGGAGUGUUUCACGUUGAUCGCUUCAAUUCAACCAAAAAGGAUGAGCACAGUUGAUUUGGUUGAUGAUGAUGACAUUCCCGACGAAAAGAAGGAUGAGGAUUCGGUUGUGGAUGCCAGUGAGGGCAACAAUCAUCCGCCCCUUCACACUACCUUUGUGACGAAAUUGCACAGACCUUUGCCAGAGCUACCACCUUUGCCAUUCUUGUCCGAGCCAAGGCUCGUGCGCUCGAAUACCGACCUUCCGUGUUUGCUUUCAGCUCUCUCGACGCUUCAAGAUGGCACUGAACCCGAAAUCCUUGAGGAUCUUGGAGAUGAUGAGGUGGACGCAGUAGAGAGCCCCAAAUCAACAGGUGUUGAUGAAGCUGAACCUGAAGUGCCAACAGCUACAGCCCUUGAACUGAUGGAAGCUGCAAAGCCUGAAGAGGCAACUCUUGAUUUUGGAGAAGCGAUGAUGGCUUUGGACAACUACGUGAAGGGGCAAACUUCGGAUGAGCAAGCCCGAUCUCUGUUUGCGGCUCAGCUUCAUACAGCUUUCCGAGUUGGUUGUUGGACUGUGAUCUUGAGCUUGCCCAUCAUUGUGUGGCCAUGGGCCAAAAGCCUUCAAGAGCUCAGCACUAGCCAACGUGAAUAUUUGGGGUACUGGGGGUCUAUGCUUUUGCAGUUUAUUUUCUGCAUUGGCCCAACUUUCGGCGCGUCUGCCAAGUAUUCGCUCGAGGGGUGGCUUGGCACUGCACUGGCCACCAUCAACAUGAUUGUAUUGAACAACGCCUUUGGACCCUACUUAUCAGGGGGUGCCUUUCAGAAUCGCAUUGAAUUCUUCGACAACGCGACGGGAACCGUUGUAGCCACUUCGAAGUGGUUGCCCUUGUGCAACACCGGAGUUGACUUGAGUUACAACGAUUGCUAUCUCAACAUGAACACCGCCCUCGCAGAAGAGGCAGAUUACAGCAAGGCCAUCGUAGUGUUGGUGGACUUUGUGCUUUUUGUCUUCGCCAUGUUGACCUUUGGCUUCAACACGAAUGUGCGGGUCUUCAGCAUCUCCACACACGUGUUCUACGUGAUGAGCUUUCUGGAUCCAUCCACCGGCUCCUUUGAUAUUCAACCCUCCCUGGCGACCAACUAUUUCCUCAUUGUCUCUGGAGCCUCUGUGGGUGUCUUGUUUUGCUUUCUGCUGCCAAGCCCCAUCACCAGCACCUCUAAGGCGGUCUCGCUACUACACACCACAGGCGCUGCAGUGGCCAUGGUGUUGGAAUCCUUGCCUCUGACACCUGCCGAGUUGUGCAGGUUGAAGGCUCAAGCGGCCAUGGACGAGGUUGCAGUGCUGAUGAAAGAGGCCGACCUGCAUCUUUCGGUGUUGUGGUUUGAAGAUUUCGGACUCUGGCCCAGACGUGCGAAGUACCGACGUUGGCUGCAGGCAUAUUUUGAGGUUUUGAAGGCUUCCAUUCAGAACUUUGAUGCCGUUCUCUGUGCGGCAGCUGCGUUGCCCGUGAAGGACAGUGAGCAGGUGGCAGCCAUGCUGCCGUCGCUCCGCCAGGAGUGUUUCCUCCUGGCCAGUACUUUGAGGGCCCUUUUGGCAGUGAAGACUCCGGAUGAAGUGAAGCCAGUGGUGGACGUUUUGUUGGAGAAGAUGCAAACUCUCAGGAGUCAGCUGGAGCAGGAGUUCCCCAAAGGUCAACAGGCUGACCAUUUGUUGCUACCACCAGCCCUUGUGUUUUGCCUUGCUGUGGCUGGGGUGGUUCAGGAUGUGUCCCAGGCACUCUCCAGCUUGGCCCUGUAUGGUGUGGAAGAGAAGGCCUCGAUUUGUGCCAGGUUUUGCCGCUAUCUCCAGUCGCUGCAAACCCAUGCAGAGAUUAAGCUCUACGAGCGAACCAUCACUCACCCGAGGUUUGUACUGCGCUACACACUGACCCUAACAAUUACAUUCCUGAUUGGUUGGCUCGGUGUGUCCAAUGUCAUCGCUCCAUAUUCAUCCCAGCCGGCCUCCACCGUCUCCGUGAUUAUUUACACCUUCACCGCCGCCAGCUUGCCUUUAACCCUUCGGCGAUUCAAUGGAGUUUUGCUCGGAAAGAUCCUUGGUAGUGUUGCUCAGCGGCUUUUUGCUGUGCAAACAGUUGUUCAUGCCACGUUUUUUGCACUCUUUCAGCUGGUUGCUGUCACAGUCCUGGUGUUUCUGGCUUUCCACUCGAAGAAACAUGGAGGGGUGGCAUUGCUGACGGCAGCCUAUGCCAUGUCUGCGUUGCUUCCCAGUGAUGGGAUUUUCCGGGAACAAGCUGUCAAAGUCACAUCCUCGGAUGGCAGCUUUUUGUUUGUCACGAUGGUGGGUACAUUCAUUGGUGUUGCCGUUCUGCUUCUAGUAGAUAUGAUUUUGGCAUCCAGUGCGAAGAGGCAAGCCAAGCAACGGCUUCUACGCGGAUUGAAGCGUGUUUCGAGGUUUGCUGUUCAAGUCCUUGAUCCAGAAGAAGAUCCAGACACAGGCACAGCAGAUGUCGAAAAAGGAGUGUCAGACCGGGAGGACAUCUUGGCCAAACUUCAAAGGCAGAUUUAUGAAGAUCUGGACGAAUUGACCGGUUUGCUUCCCUACGCAGCUGACGAAACCGGCCUUGACGGGCGUCCCUUUCCAGUGGACCUUUGCAAUGACUUGGAGAAGGGACUUCGCACCCUGACGCGGCACUUCAGGAUUAUCGCGUGGGCGAUUCAAUUGUUGGAGAAGCCCCAAAAGCAGGUCAUUCUCAAGGCAGGUUCGAGGAUCUACAAGGCAGCGAUUACACCAUCAUCAAAAGUGGCACCACUUUUGCGUGAUGAGCUCUUUCGACCAAUUCUGGCCACCCUAGCUGAAGAGAUGUUGAGGAUGCUGGAAAACAUCCGGGUUUUGGCAACUGCAAGUAUGCAAUCAACAUGGCGUUCCAAGAAAGACAUGCAAGAUGACAAGGAGGCUCAGAAGGUGAGGGAGCUGCUGCGCAGCAAGCUGUACACGAAAACUGUAGGCAACGCCUUUUGCAGCAUAGCACGCUCACCCUGGAAGAUGGCCUGGAAAGGCGCUAGACGUCAGCAAGAGAAAUCAAUCUCUCCCUUGGCACCUGGCUUUGAAGCCGGGCCCGAGCAGCUUGUGAAUCUUGCAGAACCUUUGAAUCUGGACAUGCAAGCACUUGAUGAAGGUAUGCGCUUACGCAGAAGUUCCUCCAAUCCGGUUUUGGAAAUGACGCGGUCCAAGAGCGAAACGAUGGUGAAAGCUACCUCGUCCCAAGUGGCGAAGAGUGCUCUUGUUUCAGCGUCCAAGUAUGGACAGUAUGGUGCAAAAAUCACUGCCAACAGGCUUUUGAAGCAAAAGCGUGCGAUUGAAAAACUGUCGAUGCAACUUUACAACGAAAAGCUUGAGGAAGAGAUGCCCGUCAAGAUGCCACAUGUGGCUUUGCCACCCGUGACAGCGUUGGAGCCCGGCAGCGCCAAGCAAGGCGUUGCUGACAAUUUCGCUCUGCGGCUCUUGCUGCUGUUUGACAAGCUACGAGAGCUCGCUUCGGCUCGGAGAGGAGCGGUGCCGGACGAUGAUCCCUUCUCGACCUUGGAGCUCAUCAUUUUUUUCCUGAGCUCUGUGCAGACACAGAUACAGCACAUGCAGGUAAGCCUGCUUGAGUUCAGCUAGUUUUUGGAGACUAAUUCACUAAGCAACACGAAGCAAAGUACGCAAUUGGAUGUGAGGCGAGCCUUUUGAAUUGAUAUCCAGUUGGCCAUUGCUCGUGUGUAUAUAGUGGUCAAUACAAUACCUCAUACAUAAUUCAUUCAACACGGGAGCUCACAGCUGAAACGAUGUGCCUAGCUCAAGCUGUGGGCUGCAGUAUACACUUCCUGUAUAGAGGAUUUUGAAUUCGAUCACGAAGUGAUCUUGAGGUCUUGCAGUCUGACCGUCUUGCACCCAUCGGAAACUAGAGACGAAAAC